GCGGGCGAGGGGCAGGCUGGGAAGCGCCGCCAUGUUGGCGUCGUCCGCGCUGUAGUAUUGUCAUAAAUAGAGCCGGUUAUGUAGUGUUUUCACUACUCGGUUGGCUGCCUCGGCCGUGGCGAGUGAGGGAGUGAGCGAGCGGGCGACCGGCGACCAGAGGAGAGCGGACAGGAGGAGGGGAAAGAGCCAGGACGGGACUCCGGAGCGAGGGAGGGACCCUCGCCGGUGAGGGGGACGCAGGAAGCGAUGAAAGAAACGUCUGCAAACACCGUGCUGGACAGCCAGCGUAAACAAAAGCAUUAUGGAAUCACUUCUCCAAUUAGCUUGGCAUGUCCUAAAGAAAUUGAUCACAUUUACACACAGAAAUUAAUUGAUGCCAUGAAACCAUUUGGAGUUUUUGAAGAUGAGGAAGAAUUGAACCACAGGCUGGUUGUUCUUGGUAAAUUGAACAAUUUAGUAAAAGAAUGGAUUUCCGAUGUUAGUGAGAGUAAGAAUCUACCACCUUCUGUUGUGGCUGCUGUUGGUGGUAAAAUUUUCACUUUUGGCUCCUAUAGGCUUGGAGUACAUACCAAAGGAGCUGACAUUGAUGCACUUUGUGUAGCUCCAAGACAUGUGGAGAGAUCUGAUUUUUUUCAGUCUUUUUUUGAAAAAUUGAAGCACCAAGACGGCAUUAGAAAUUUAAGAGCUGUAGAAGAUGCCUUUGUUCCUGUUAUAAAAUUUGAAUUUGAUGGAAUUGAGAUUGACCUAGUUUUUGCAAGACUGGCAAUACAAACCAUAUCAGAUAAUUUAGAUCUAAGAGAUGACUCUCGACUGAGAAGCCUUGAUAUAAGGUGUAUUCGCAGCUUAAAUGGAUGUAGAGUUACUGAUGAAAUUUUGCAUUUAGUGCCAAAUAAAGAAACUUUUAGACUCACCCUGAGAGCAGUCAAAUUAUGGGCAAAACGACGUGGUAUUUAUUCCAACAUGCUGGGAUUCCUUGGUGGUGUCUCUUGGGCAAUGUUAGUUGCAAGAACUUGCCAAUUAUAUCCAAAUGCAGCAGCUUCUACUUUAGUUCAUAAGUUCUUUUUAGUGUUUUCCAAGUGGGAAUGGCCAAAUCCUGUGCUGCUAAAGCAACCCGAAGAAAGCAAUUUGAAUUUGCCUGUUUGGGAUCCUCGAGUAAAUCCAUCAGAUAGGUAUCAUCUCAUGCCCAUAAUCACCCCUGCCUACCCACAACAGAAUUCUACGUACAAUGUGUCCACAUCAACUCGAACAGUAAUGAUAGAAGAAUUUAAACAAGGUCUUUCAGUCACAGGUGAAAUUCUUCAAGGGAAAUCAGAUUGGUCCAAACUACUUGAGCCACCAAAUUUUUUUCAAAAGUAUAGACAUUAUAUAGUAUUGACUGCCAGUGCAUCAACAGAAGAAAACCAUCUCGAGUGGGUUGGAUUAGUAGAAUCAAAAAUUCGUGUGCUUGUUGGAAACUUGGAAAGGAAUGAAUUUAUUACUCUUGCCCAUGUAAAUCCCCAGUCAUUCCCAGGAAAUAAGGAACAUUAUAAAGACAAUAAUUACGUAUCAAUGUGGUUCCUUGGAAUAAUUUUUCGGAGAGUAGAGAAUGCAGAAAGUGUUAACAUAGACUUGACAUAUGAUAUACAGUCAUUUACUGAUACAGUGUACAGACAGGCAAACAAUAUAAACAUGCUAAAGGAGGGAAUGAAAAUUGAAGCAACUCAUGUUAAAAAAAAACAACUUCAUCACUAUCUUCCAGCAGAGAUCCUUCAAAAGAAGAAAAAGCAAAGUCUUUCUGAUGUCAAUCGUUCAAGUGGACCUCAAUCCAAAAGAUCAUCUCUGGAUAGCAAUUGUUUGGAUAGCUCUAGAGACACUGAUAAUGGAACACCUUUUAAUUCCCCAGUGUCUACAAACAAACCUUCCAAACCUGAUAUUUCUCCUCCAAGAGAAACAGAAAGGAAUAACACUGAACCUGCUGCUGUAAUUGUGGAAAAGCCAUUGAAUGUUCCGCCAGCUCAAGGACUAUCUAUUCCAGUCAUUGGUGCAAAAGUUGACUCUGUAGUAAAAGCUGUUUCACCCCCAGCUGUGUGCACCAUUCCUACUGUAGUAGGACGAAAUGUUAUUCCUAGGACCACAACACCCCACAACCCUAUCCAGGGACAACUUCUUCUAAAUGGGAUGGCAAAUAUAACUAAAACUAUGCCCAAAAGGUCCCAUUCUCCAUCUAUAGAUAUGUCUUCAAAGAGAAUAAAAGAUAUAGAAAAGUUUCUUCGACUUGAAUCAAAGUUUCAGGAAUCGCGUGCUGCUGAAAACAGAAAAAGAAAAUCAGUGGAUGCCAUUGGGAGAGAAUGUAUGCCUAUUCCAACUAUUGAUACUUCACGCAAAAAGAGACUGCCCAGUAAAGAACUACCAGAUUCAUCAUCUCCAAUUCCAGCAAAUAACAUUCGAGUCAUCAAAAAUUCUAUUCGACUAACUCUUAAUCGGUAAAAGCAGUGCCUCCUUAUUUAGGUGAAUAUGCAAUCAUUAGUGACACAGAUGCAGCCACUUUUUUAAAAAUAGAAGUGGCUGUCAUGUAUAAAAUAAGGUGAAAGUUAUAGUCAUCAAUCUGACAACCUUCAAGUGGUUUUUGAACUCUCACACUUUGAUCUGCAGAUGCUGUAGCAUCCUCUCAUUGAUUGCUACAUACACUUCUCUGAGGAUCACGUGCUGUCAAAUUGUCAUCUAUAAUAUUAUGGCUUUGUGUUGGAGGUUUUACUGCCUUAACUUUUGAUGCUUAAUUCUCUAUUAUGGGAACCAGUUCUUGGCUCUUCGGACACUGAUAAAACAAGUCCUGACACCCCCCCCCCCUUUUUUUUUCCUUUUUUUUUUUUUCUUCUUUUUUUGGUCUUAUGUUAUAAUCAUUGUAUAAAAUUGAAAAAGUUGAAAACAAAAAAAAAUUGUCCUGUAAUUUUCCAAAUGUUAACACAUUUACUUUAGCAUUGAAACCACUUUGUGAAACAUGAGGUAAAUGAAUGUGAGGUAUCUUUUCUGCUUUCCUCAUUUGUGUAGAUGUACUUAAUGAAUUCUAUUGAUUUAAAUUAUUUUUUUCCAGAUUGGCACAUGGAAUAUUUAAAAAAAAAAAAAUUGUGUGUGUGUGUGUGUGUGUGUGUGUGCGCGCGCGCCUUUCUGUCCAAAUGUUCCAUAGCUACCAGGGAGGAUUAGUCUAGUGAUUACAUAAAUUUUCUAUAUUUUGCCUCCCAUGGAGGCCUUCAAAAUGCAUCUUUAUCAAAAUAGAACCAGGAUACUAAAAUCAGUAUAUAAAUGGUGAAAUUGUUACAUAUCAUAUCUCAUGCCAUUCUUGUUAGCUGGCUGGUAUUUUUUACUGAGUAGCAACUCAUUCCAGCAUUAACUACCAGAUACCUUUAAGUAUGGCAAACUUGUAUUUUUGAGUGUAAAUUUAAAUUGGCAUGAUAAUUUCUGACUAUCACCCCACAACUUCACAUAUUUUCUUCACAGACUAGGCAUGCAGAAAUAAGCAGUGGAUUUUAUUGGGACCUAAAGGCAUUUUUGAAUAACAUUGUUACCAACCAUUAAUUGGCUCAGGAUCUUUGUAAAUUUUAUUUAAUUAUAUGAGUUGUCUUUUUUUUUACACUGCUUUUUUCAAUGCAUUUCGUAAUAUUUUUUAAGUUUCAUGAACGCAUGCUCAGUUUAUUAAAAUCCAUAACCAUGUAAUUCUUGUAAUAUGUUGAUUCAGUGUUUUGUAAAUGAAGUCGUAUGUAUUUUCAGAGUAUUUUUGUAUGUACUGUAAGAUACCAUCUUUUCAAAGAGAAAACUUUAAAACCUU